CACGAGGGGAGCCAUUGGACCACCGAUUGAAGUGGAGAUUCCCGAGAGCCAAGUAUAAAAUUUAGGUCAUAAGAUAAACAAGAUUUGUACAGAAGCCAGUACAGUCCGUCUCGCGUUGUGAGGCACUUGCUCCGUCACAUUGCUCGACUGCACUUGGAGCUAGCUGUCACAUCUCCACCGCCUCGGAUGGGGCGAGACCACUUCAUACAAUUCCACUGUGUAGGCCGAAAGAGCACGACAAGUCUUUUUUUUAGGCGUCAUCCCAUAUGAUGGACCGGUUGUUGUCAGUGUUCGCGAAGAGGCACCAUGUUCCCCUGUCACGUAAGCGCCUGGCCAGCUGCUGAGCCCGUCGCCUCCUCCUGCAGUCAUGCACCAGCGCCGCAGCCUUCACAAUCGUUCCCCGAUCUGCUGUGCAGCUGUCCCGCGCCACCGUUGAGCGCCCACUCUGAAACGCCGUCCUCGGAGACCAUGGAGUCCCUCAUUGUGGUCACAGAGUGCGAACCACGCAGACCAUUUGGGGCGCCUGGUGGGGAGGAGGAGGUCGAAGAAAUGGACAGCUCCAAAACGCCGCCCCUGCCCACUCAUUCGUGCGAUCUUCUCUCUCACAAUGUCGUGCGCUCGGAGGCACUCUUGCCGGUCGGCGAAGAGCAACGAGCACGGCUGAAUCUGUCGGAUAGGAAACUGUCAUUGCAGGAGCGCUCGCAAACUCAGAUUUCACCCUGCAGCUCCCCGGGACUCAACGGCCGUUACAUUUAUCCGUCGUUACCUUACUCCCCCAUCACAUCACCUCACUCUUCUCCACGCUUGCCACGCCGGCCCACUGUGGAAUCCCACAGCGUCUCCAUCACAGACCUCCAGGACUGCGUUCAACUCAACCAGUACAAGCUGAAAGAUGAGAUUGGAAAGGGCUCCUACGGCGUUGUCAAGCUGGCGUACAACGAAGACGACAACACCUACUAUGCCAUGAAGGUUCUGUCCAAGAAGAGGCUGAUGAGGCAGGCAGGUUUCCCACGACGACCGCCACCUCGCGGUGCCAGAGCAAUUCCUGAGGGCCCCCCUCAGCCCAAAGGGCCCCUGGAGCGGGUCUACCAAGAGAUUGCCAUCCUGAAAAAGUUGGACCAUUCUAACGUCGUCAAAUUAGUCGAGGUUUUGGACGACCCCAGUGAGGACCAUCUGUACAUGGUGUUUGAACUGGUCAAGCAAGGGGCUGUGAUGGAGGUGCCGACGGAUAAACCCUUCAGUGAGGACCAAGCACGCUUUUAUUUCCAGGAUCUGCUCAGGGGAAUCGAGUAUUUGCAUUAUCAGCGAAUCAUCCACAGAGACGUCAAGCCCUCCAACCUGCUGGUGGGAGAGGACGGCCACAUCAAGAUCGCCGACUUCGGCGUCAGCAACCAGUUUGAGGGAGCGGACGCUCUCUUGACAAGCACUGUGGGAACACCGGCCUUCCUCGCCCCUGAAACGCUGUCGGAGACCAGGAAAAACUUCUCCGGCAAGGCUUUGGAUGUUUGGGCAAUGGGUGUGACACUCCAUUGCUUUGUCUUUGGAUCGUGUCCAUUUAUGGAUGAACGCAUCCUCAAUCUGCAUCAAAAAAUCAAGACACAGCCAGUAGAAUUACCUGAACAUGCCGACAUAUCAGAUGAUCUCAAGGAUUUGUUGCUCAAAAUGCUGGAUAAGAAUCCCGAAACCAGAAUAUCAAUUCCACAGAUUAAGGUGCACCCGUGGGUGACGAGACACGGCGCAGAGCCCCUCCCACCAGAAGAUGACAACUGCUGUACGCUGAUUGAGGUGACGGAGGAGGAAGUGGAGAAUUCGGUGAAACACAUCCCGAGCCUGGCAACAGUGAUUCUGGUGAGAACCAUGUUGCGAAAGCGCUCCUUCGGGAACCCCUUUGACUGGGCACGGAAAGAGGCAUGCAGCAACUCGUGCACUUCAGGACAGAUGAAACAGCAGCCUGCAGACAGUAUGAUGAGCAUUGAGCCGCCCUAUGUUGGAGAAGACGAGGCUCUUUCCUGAUGCAGUAGUGUGUGUGUGUGUGUGUGUGUAUUCUUCACAACAUCCCUUUCCUCGUCACUUUUCUACUUUGUACUUUUCCAGGGAGGUGGUACACGUGUCGGUGAGAAAACGAGCGGGGUCGUUUAUAAGGCAAGAGCGUGCUAACGGUCCCCUUCUCUUUGCAUGCGUCUUUUAGCGUUAGCAUGCUCAGUCUCAGGCUUACGUGUGUCAUAUGCGAGUUUAGAGCAGCCCCCUCCCUAAAAUUCUUGCUCCUUACUUGACAACUCUAUCAGGUAUGGUGGGGAUGGUUGGGCGGUGGUGGUGAUCACGGCACACACUUUUAGGAAGUCAGGGAUUAGUUCUCGGUCUUCACCACCACCACCAGAAGUUUAAAAAAAAUCACUCUUGCGUAUGAGUGGUAGCAUCUCAUGUGACAUAUUUUAUUGAAAGAAGUAUGGCAGGGAGUGAUGAAUUGUUUACUGACUGCAUAUGUUCCUUGUGGAUUUUGAAGCUAUUAGACUUUUUUUUCUGACAUUCCAUUUAUUAACGUUUAAAAAGCUUUAAGAUCACUCGGUGUAGUGCUUUGUGAACAAUCAGACUCUUCUUCAUCGCUCCAUACAAAAGUGGAGAGUUGCAAGGGGCAUCGUGCUUCUGUUGAAUCUUUUUGGAUGAAAGGAACGUCAUAUAGGAGAAGGUCCCAAAAGUCCCCAUACAUUUUUUUCCCCGACUAUGCGCACAUACAAUUGCAGUUGCAAUCGCGUUCUUUUUUUUAAACGUAUUUUUGAUUCAGCAAUCCUCAGAGCCAUCUUUUUUUUUCCUUUGACGGUUCACCCAUGUUCAUCUUCAUUAGUUGAGUUUCGAAUUGUGCAUCAAAGAUUGAUUGACAGGGAAGACAUGAUUGAAAGUUUCAUUUUCAUGGCGCACUUUUGAACAAAACUGGAACAGAAAGGUGCAAAGGGACUUUUGGGACACGCAGUAUGUAUGAUCUCUUCUUCAUUCUGUCGUGUUUGUAAUGUUUCAACUCCACGUUAGUCCUCCAAUCAUUUGGAAUGACGACACUCUUGCUUCUUGAACCUCAAGUGAAACUAGUGAAUGUUCUUAUUUGUGUUUUUGUAAGAAAGAAAAGGCACUGAUGUUCAUUUACAAUUGCACAUUUUAAAAAGACACCCAAAAAAUUUGACUGUGCAUAAGUUUUUUAUUUUAUGUAAAGCAACUGUAAAAAAACUUUGAAUACAUUUUGAAAUAGGUAAUGCAUCUGAAGUUUUUUUCUUUUUUACACAAAUCUAAAUCUAUGCAUGACAUAUCUAGAGGAAAAAUUUAAAAUAAUUAAAAAAAAAGAUGUGCCAUGUUGGGGGUGGAAUUUCUAACUAAUAUUUAUUAGCUGUGAUUUUUGUGAACCUUUUUUUCACAUUUUGUUCGCUUCGUUUCUGUUUUCACCGCAAUAUUAGAAGCAGAUGGAAUUACCGGAUGUGUAUAAUUAACAUGUCAUGAUUUAAUGUUCCUACACAA